UCCUCUCCCAGAUAAAAGCAUGGCACGAUUGCGGAUGUAUUGUUUACAGCGGACUACGAGCACAAAGACAGAAACUGCGAAUGUCAGGUAGAUGUCUGCACUGACCAAGGAAUUAUUGCUCGUCGGCAGGAAUCUCGGAUCUCGACACCGUUCGUACACUUCGGACUACUUGCAUCCGGCGACACAGGAUCAUUGGAUUUGAAAUGGAAGGGGCAGGAAUAUGGGAAAAUCUCCAGUGUCUCUUGGUCAAAGGUGUAAGUGAUUAUGCCGACAGCCAUAAGAAUGACCAAUGGCAAUAUUAUGCGGCGGCGAGUGCAGCGGCUUAUGCCGAUGCUUCCGACCGUGCGAAUCUACGGAAGAGGCCAGCAGAGGACACAGAGAUUGCGGAUCAAAUAGAAGAAAGGGCCUCUAUCGACAUUUUAUCAUUUCCACAGGCCCAGUACCGCUUGGAAGAGAUAGCAGAAGCACACCAGGAGACGUGUAAAUGGAUAUUGGAGCGAGAGGAGUAUCAAGCCUGGAUGAAUGGGGUUGAUUUGGCAACCCACGGCGGCUUUUUCUGGAUGAAGGCAAAGCCCGGAGCCGGGAAAUCCACGAUGAUGAAGUAUAUCUUGUCGAACAUCAACAAACAACAAACCGAUACUUUGAGCUUGUCUUACUUCUUUCAUGCUCAAGGGGUUGGCCUGGAGAGGUCGACGAUAGGCAUGUAUCGCUCGCUCUUGCAUCAGCUGCUUACAUCCAAAUCCGUUCCGUCCAGUGCGAAGAAUGCCUAUCUUAGCUUUGUAGCUGGGAUGCAAACUGAAGGGGUGAGUGUGAAAUGGAGACUAAGAGACCUCAAGAACAUCCUUCUGUCAACGAUAAAAUCUCUGGUUGGCCACCGCAUUAUCUUGUUGAUUGAUGCCCUUGACGAGUGUAACCAAACGGAGAUAGGUGACAUGAUAUCAUUUGUUCAAAAGAUGGCACUCUCUGCUAACGCCGCUGGUGUGAAAUUGAGUAUCUGUUUGGCAAGCCGACAUUAUCCACAAAUCAGGAUCGAGCAGGGUACCGAGUUCAUACUGGAGUACCAAGAGGAACAUCAAUGUGACAUGAGAAAGUAUGUCGGGAAGAAGUUGAUGGGAGGAAGAUCGAAGAAGGUUGAUGAAAUCAGAGAAGAGAUUUGCCGACGAGCAGCGGGCGUUUUCCUAUGGGUCGCGCUUGUGGUGCGUUCGCUGAACGAGGCCUUUCAUAGCGGCAAAGUUCAUGCAGUGCGUCAGCGGCUGAACGAGAUUCCCGACGGACUUGACGAGCUAUUUACUGAUAUUCUAACACGAGACACCAACGAUGUCUGUGAGUUGAUUAUCUGUUUGCAGCUGGUUCUCUUUGCCCAGCGUCCCUUAUCUCGAGAAGAGCUGUACUUUGCGGUCAUGUUUGCGACUGCCGAGAUAGGCCAAAGAGACAUCGACUGGCCCCUCGACGACUUUGUAGGGAGUUUCAUCCUGAAUAUAUCUAAAGGUCUUGUGGAGAUCACCAGGUCUAAAGCACGAACGGUUCACUUCAUCCACGAAUCUGUGCGAGACUUUUUGCUCCGGGGAGAUGGUUUCAAUAAAUUGCAGAUGGGACUCCAAGAAAAUACAGUCGGUAACUCCCAUGACAGAAUCGCACAAGUCUGCUUUCAGUAUAUAGCCCAGAUUGACGAAGGCGAGACUGAUGAAGGGGGAAGUGAAGCCACCCUGGAAACUUUGAGCAACCUACCACGCGCGUCAAAGAAAGAAUUCAUAAGGGCUAACUUCCCAUUUCUUGAUUACGCGAUCCGCAGUCUGCUCUAUCAUAGCAAUGUCGCUGAAGCUAGCGGUGCUUCGCAAGCUGACCUUCUUCAAGAGCUUUGUGCUUCCUUUGAUCAUUUCAAGAAGAUACACAACGCUGUUGAGCCCUACAAGAGUCGUCAAUAUGGUUGGAAUGCCAGUUUUCUGUACUUUUUGGCAGAGAAGGGCCUGAAAUACCUCGUUAGGCGAGAACUCCUUCGCGCUCCAUUUGACUGGCGAGAAACCGGAAAAUAUGGCAGUCCAAUUGGUGUCGCCCUUUAUCUCGGCAACAUGGGAACGAUUCGGGCUUUGUUAGGUUGCGAUAUUGACAGGGCUGUCUCUAGCGAUGAUGCCUUGUUCAAACCAGAAAUGAUCAGUCGUAUGCAGCAAUACUUGAUGGAUACUAGCCGGCUAAGCCGACCUCCACCGAAUUCAAAGCUCUCAUCCCUCGUGACAUAUGCGAUCGAGGGGAACCAUGAAUCCGUGCUUGCUCUUCUUUGUAAGACUGGUCAAGUGGAUCUCGGAAAACCCCUGAAUAAUGGAUGGGUGCCAUUACUCUGGGCGGUCGAACGUGGGAAGAAAAAUGCUGUUCAGGCGCUUCUGAAGUCUGGUCGGGUCAACGUCGAAAAUGAUUAUCAUGGAAGUCUUUCAGCCUUGAAAACAGCAUUUAUGAAAGGCAAAGAGGAUACCGCCAUUGCUCUACUUGACCAUGAUGUGAGCCCUCAUUGGGUGGAUCCUUUGAAUGGGAAGUCGUCCAUUCAUUGGGCAGUGAGCGGAAAUAAUGAAGCUUCACUAAAAAGACUAAUUGGACUGGGGUGUGAUAUUUCUCAUUUGGACCACUUCGGGCGAGAUCCGUUAUCCUACGCAAUCGAGAAUGGUCAAGUUGGAAUAGUGCGGAUUUUGAUCGAUCGGAUGUUGGUUGAUUUCAAUGGGGAAAAGAGCCAUGGACGGAAAAGCCUUAUUGUACGCAGUCAAGAACAACAGACCCGAAAGCUUGCAAAUUUUGGUUAGCCACGGUAUAGUGGACACUGUGGUAAAAGAUGACUGUGGACGGGACGCCUUAUCAUACGCCUCUGAGAAAGGGAGCGUCGAAAUGGUGCGAAUUUUGAUCGACAGCGGUGUGGUGGACAUCGACAGAAAGGAUUACUUGGGACGAACCCCUUUCGCGUGGGCUGCAGAUCCCCAUUUAAUUGAACCGCAUCUGACUCAAAACCAGACGGCUGUGAUGUAUUUACUACGAA